UUUCCUGAUAGUUGCGGUCCAUCACGGGCUGUAUGUGCAGAUCUAGAUUUAGGUCAUGAUAUUGAACUUCCGGUUCUUGGAACACCGGAAAUGGAUAAACCAAUACGAUUGCUGUUUCACCGUUACAGCAGCCUUUCUACAUUUGCAGACAAAGUUGUGAGGCAGCUGAAACUUAAAAGUUCUGGAUACUUGCAUAAUGUAUUACUGUUGCCACAUGGCGAUGACUUUAGGUAUGACACAGCUAAUGAUUGGGACAGGCAGUACAAAAACAUAAAGAGUUUAAUGCAGUAUAUCAAUUCAAACGGAAAAUAUAACGUCCGUAUGGAUUUCGGUACUGUUAAAGACUACUUCCGGGAAGUGAAAAUGAAAUCGUAUGAAUAUCGGUUACAAUACCCUACUGUAAGUGGAGACUUUGUUCCAUUUACACUUGACCUUCAGUAUUGGAGUGGCUUUUUCACAACGAGGCAAUAUGUGAAAAGACUCGGCCGCGAACUGCAGGAAACCGUUCGAGCUGCAGACAUUCUUGCUGCUUUGGUUGUUUUGAGCGGUAAAGUUCCUGUCCUGCAAAGUAUUCCUUCUAUUUUACGUAAACUAGUCGACGCUAGACGAGAGCUAGACCUGUUUCAGCACCAUGACGCCAUAACGGGCACGUCAUAUGCUUACGUCGUGAAGGAUUAUGAGAAAAGAUUAUCGUCUGCUAUAUAUACUUCACACAAGGUCAUGGCACUUCUUCUUGAACUCAUUAUCUACAAAACCUGCACUACAAAAACUGCAGAGAAUACUGAUGUUGACAACGAACACCAUCUUAAAAGAGACGUCCGUCAGAGCCUCUGUGGAAAAUCUAUUUUACCUAUCUAUGUAAACAUGAAUGAAAAAGUGUCAGUCACAAACAGUAAGCCCGCUCAAAAUACUGAAAAAGAUUCUUUCCUAAUUUUGUACAAUGCUUUUUCGCAAGAAAGAUCGGAAAUUAUAGAAUUUUCAGUAUCUAGUCCAUAUAUAGUAAUAACUGGUCCGACGGGAGCAAAUGUCAGCUUUGAUUAUAUUCAGCAAGGAGAACGCUCAAAAAUAUUUUUCGAAACCAGGUUACCACCAUUCAGUAUUUCUUCUUUCAAAAUUUCUAAAUCACAUCAUCCUGUGUCUGGAAAAGCAAUCGAUGUCAGCAAUUAUCAUACGCGUGACACGAGCGACACAGGAAAUUUAAAAUGCGAAAAUAGUGAAGUGAAUAUUACGUUUUCUUCAUAUAACGGAUCACCGCAAACUAUAUGUUACAAAAAUGAAAAUUUUUGCACAAAGUUGAAAAUUUAUUGGCGCCAUUUCAUACAGACUGGGGGAGCAUAUACUCUGUCAUUAAGUAACGAAAGUAAAAAUCUGUUAGCAUCUCGUUUAAACAUACGUCAAAUAUCUGGCAGUAAGCAAUGUGUUGUCGAAAUAUCUCAUAAAUUGAUAAAGAUUGAAUAUAUUUUGAAAAAUACAAUCGGUUUCAAUGGACGUUAUCUUCAAGUGAAUGUUCACACCGACCUUUCACCUGCUAACUCCGGGAACUUUAUUGGAGAAAUUGCAAUGAGGGUUGUUACUCCAGUAAGGAACGGCGACACUUUUUACACAGAUUCAAACAGUUUACAACUUCUUAAACGGAAGUUCAGACAGUAUUUACCGUUCUCUUCUAACGUGUAUCCAAUGACAUCAAUGGCCGCCAUUAAAGACGAUUCUCGCGUCUUCAAUAUACACUCAGUUCAACCGCACGGUGUGGUUGGUUGGCAACCAGGUACUUUAGAUGUUAUGAUAGACAGAGUUGCUGUUCGAGAGGAAAUGGGACUCCAUGAAAAAGUAAAUGAUAACAAACCUACCCUGUCCAAACUUUUCCUUAAAUUUGAAGCAUGUGACAAUUUAAAAAAUGACAACAAACAAGAAGAAUUAGUACCCUCGUAUGAAAGCGUGCUAACAAAUGAUAUAGUUCAACAUCCAAUUGUAAGUUUUUUUUCCGUGGAGAAAGUACCAUUAAAUAUCGGCUUUGUGCAAAAGAACAUACCUUGUGAUGUGCUUAUAGCCAACAUGAAAUGUUUAACUAACGAUAACUUUGAACUUGCUGGUGUUUCCUUAACUUUGUUUCGCCGGUUGGCAUCAAUUUCCAACAGCGCAACGGCACACUGUAAUGUACCGUCGGAAUACACCUUACUACGUCCAUAUAAAAUAUUUAAGAACAAUUCAAACAGGAGCUGGACAGUCAAAGAAAUGUUCUUAACCCAUCUGAGAUUGAAGAAAAUUAUUUAUCCAAACGAAAAGGUUUCAUUUGAAGAAAUGGAUAUGAAGACAUUUCUGUUUGAGUAAAGAAUUGUAUACACAAUUUUGCCAUGUAAGGUAGAUAAUUAUGCUUAAUACAUUUAGUAUGUGCUUUACUCUGUAUUCUAACAUGUUUCUACGAAAGACCCGUGGUGACAUUUCAACUUCAUUAUUUCACGAUUUCUGCUUCAUGAUUUCAUGAUUUCCACUUCAUGAUUUCACGAUUUCACGAUUUCCACUUCAUAAAUUCACGAUUUCCACUUCACGAAUUCUCG